AUGGCCCUGGCAAGGACGGUCACGUUAUUGCUGAGCCCAGCUCCUUCGCAGAUCGCGCCCACUUUCUUGGUAGUCGGGGCCGCAUUUCAUCAAUGUAUUCGCAUCCCCGAGAUUGAUAACCGAAUCAAGUCUCUUUUGGUCCUAUACCUGGGAGUCUGGCUGGCUCUAUGCACUAGCUAUAUCUAUGUCUACUCCUUUGGUUUAUGUCGUGCCAUUGGAUGCGCGCUGUUUGCCGCGUUCUGCUUCAACAUCGGACUCGCCACCAGUAUCCUGGUCUACCGGGCUUUCUUCCAUCGUCUCGGACAUUUUCCGGGCCCAUGGUCAGCCAAAAUGAGUCGGCUGUCUUCCGUUAAGCGGGCGAUCAACCGUGCGCAGUAUCACCUGGAUCUGCAGGCAAUGCAUCGAAAGUAUGGCGACUUUGUGCGCACAGGACCUCGUGAGAUCUCAAUCAAUCGGGCAUCGGCCGUGCACGCGAUAAAUGGGUCACAAUCUUCCUGCACGAAAGCCCCCUGGUACAGCCACGUGUCCGAUGAUAAUGCACAGAUCUCGUUGAACUCCACGCGCGAUCCCACUGUCCAUCGUCGCAGACGGAAGGCUUGGGACCGUGGAUUUAGCGUCAAAGGUAGGCAGCAAGCCUUUAUCUUCUCCACAAGUGCUACUUAG